CGACCCAGCUCUAUAUAAAAGAACGGACGCCGAAAAAGCUGCAUUCGUGCGCUCGUAAAAGCUGAACACAAUGUUGCUCCUUGUCCUCGCUAGCUGCAUAUCGGUGGCCUUGGGUGCCAAUUGCCAUGGCCAUACUGUCGAGACGCUUAUUGCUCACAUCGCCUCAGACACAGAUAAAGAUGGCAAUGGGUUUAUAACACUCGACGAGUUCCAAAACGAACUUCUUGGACAGUUUGACCCGUUAGGUACCGGUACAGUGACCAGGGCCGAUUUCGUCAACCAGUUCUCACACUUAUACGGUGACUCUCACGCUGAUGCUCACCAUCUGUUCGAUAACCUGGACUCCAAUAGAGAUCACGUACUCACAGAAGCUGACAUUAUUGGCCAAAUUGGGGAGCUUAACCUGAAUUUCCUCGCUCUCUUGAACCCAAGCGCCAUCAAUAUUCCAAUGGUGGACUUUUUAAAUUUCCUCCGGAUAAAUCAUCCUCAUCAUGGAAAUCCAGCUCUCCACAACUGCCCUGCUGCUUGAUUGUCAAUGGUGUAAAUGAAUGAAAUAAAAAACAUUCAAGCUGCU